GUAGGCAGUAGUAAAAGUGGGAUGGGAGCAGACGAGUGUCCUACUGACAGUUUCAACGUGACGGAGCAGAGGGACGAAGGGAGCUCAUGUAGCCGCGGAGAGACACACUCCACCCGGGCAGAGAGGAGCCCUGCUCAGCGGGGGGUCUGGAAAAUGGGAGCGGUGAAGUGAAGAAAAAAAAAAAGGCCCGAAAAAGAGCGCGGAGAAACUGGAUGAAAGACCAUAAUGGGGCUCUUCCUGUGGCUUGGCCUGCUUAUGAUGUCGGGUGUCCACUCCACCUUGGUCAAGAACUGCCACCCUGGCUGCCGUUGCGAAGUGGAAAACUUUGGCCUUUUCGACAGUUUCAGCCUGACAGGAGUAGACUGCAGCGGGUUGGGUCCCGGCGCCACCAUGCCCAUCCCUAUUCCACUGGACACUGCCUAUCUCGACUUAUCCUCCAAUGCCAUGGGCCCGCUCAGUGACACCAUGCUAGCAGGUCCUGGGUACACCACUCUUGUUAGCUUGGACCUCAGCAGCAACCACAUUACAAUGGUAAGUCCCAAGGCUUUGUCAAAGCUGCGUUACCUGGAGACUCUGGAUCUAAGCCACAACGAUUUAGAGAGCCUCCCGCCGAGCUGCUUCUUCGGCCUCCCUCUGGCCGAAGUUGACCUGAGCCACAACAGCUUACAGGACUUCAACAUGGACGCCUUUGCUGCCAAAGUUAACAGCAAGCCCCUCAGCGUGGAUCUGUCGCAUAAUAAGCUCGAAUCCAUUUCGGCGACACAGCAUGCACAUUUUGUGCACAUUCAAAGCCUGAAUCUGACAGCAAACCGCCUAUCGAGUAUACCGCUAUUAGCAGGACUUGAGACACUAAGGUACUUAAAUCUGGAUGGCAACCCUAUCAGCGUCAUCAAGGAAGGGGAUUUUGCUCACCUGAAAGAUUUGGUUUAUUUGACCCUCAGUGGCCUUCAGCAGCUUCAAGAAAUCAAAGCACAUGGAUUGAGAGGCCUCCAGAGCCUCCAGGUCUUAGAUCUGUCAAACAAUCCCAAUCUAAAAACACUGAGCCCGGACAUUUUCAGCGGACUGAACUCUCUGCAGGAGCUUAAUUUAUUUGGAUCUGGGGUGACGUCCUUACCAAAUGACAUGCUCACGCAGCUCCCCAGUAUGAAGAGCAUUAUGCUAGGACAGAACAUCCGCUGCUGGAGGACCCAGAAACAGGGACAGUUUCAUCGGCAGCUGGGUCAAGCGCAACACAACGAGGUUCUGAACUGCAAUGUGGAUGGUGUUGUCCUGUGAUCCUGCCAAAGAGGAUCUGCCUUUAUGCCAGCGUUGUGCCUUUAUUCAAAUACAGUAAAAUAAACUGUUAAUGGUAGCAAUCAUAAACACAACAUAAAAUAUUAUAUACAUCUACAACUGUAAAGUUUCACUUUCUACAUCUUAUGCACUUAUAUAAAAAAUACAAUGUUUCUAGGUAAUCUGCAGAUGGCUCCAAAUAGCAAACAAAUUUUACAGCAAUUGACCACUACAUUUUUUAAUUACCAUGUUGACCUGAAUAUAUAUUAACCCCGCCCAAAAAACAAAAAAAUAAAUAAAUAAUAUAUAUAUAUAUAUACUGUAUCUAUAUAUAUAUUUAUAUACCGUAUCUAUAUAUCUACCGUAUAUAUAUAUAUAUAUAUAUAUAUAUAUAUAUAUAUAUAUAUAUAUAUAUAUAUAUAUAUAUAUAUAUUGUGCAUUGUGCGUCAUGGCAGAAGUGCAUUGUGGGUCAUGGGAUGCUAACUGCUGCUACAUCCGUAGCUAUUAAAAUGGAUUAUUUCAACAUUGGCGGUAACUUAUAAAAACUGAGUAGGGCUUGUAGUGGAUUGUCCGAAGCUUAAGCAGGCAACAAAAGUAGUUUAGUACAACAAAUGUAUUUACCCAUUAUCAGAAGUGCAGGUUGAAUUAAGUUGUCCGUGCAAGCAGACACAAGUUACUCCAGAGCACACAAGACACACACAAGCCAAAAUCACCCCCGAGUUCCGGUCUUCUGCCAUUUUUUAUAUGUCUGUUGUGCGUCAUCGUUCCUUAUCGAGUGCGUCAAUGUCUUGUUUUGCUUUUCCUAUCUGUUCCAUAACAACUCGAAUCCUUUAGACAGUCAACACAUUCUAUAGACAGGUUGGCAUGACUUAAUAUUCACUUUUGUCCCACAACUGGUCCAUUCAAUGGCACAAAAAUACAAGAGUAUUGAAAAUGAGCGGACAUUCUUAAAAGACAAGAAAUAUAGGUCAAAAGGUCAGAAAUUCUACUACAGGCUGAACUAAAAUGGCACUGAAAAGGAAAUCAUAUACUGCAGAUUGCAAGCAGCCGAAAACGGCGAUCGAGCAGCAGAAAGAAAGGAAACGGCGCAUACCAGAGGCGACACCGGGGAGUAAGAUUUCAUCGGCUUUAGCGAUCGGGAGUGACAGAUUGUUUGGUAAACGUAUAGCGUGUUCUAUAUGUUCUAGUUAUUUGAAUGACUCUUGCCAUGAUGUGUUGCGUAAACAUACCAGGCACGUUCUCAGUUGGUUAUUUACGUGCGUCGUAUGGCGUACACUUAUUCAGCCUGUUGUUCACUAUUCAUUAUUUAUUUUAAAUUGCCUUUCAAAUGUCUAUUCUUGGUGUUGGAUUUUGUCAAAUAAAUUUCCCCCAAAAAUGCGACUUAUACUCCAGUGCGACGUAUAUAUGUUUUUUUCCUUCUUUAUUGUGCAUUUUCGGCCGGUGCGACGUAUACUCCGGAGCGACUUAUAGUCCGAAAAAUACGGUAUACAUAUAUAUCUAUAUAUAUAUAUAUAUAUAUAUAUAUAUAUAUAUAUAUCACACACACACACACAUAAAUAUACGGGGAAAAUGUGGUCACUGCCACAGUCUGGUUUGCAUGAAUACAUUUCUAGACGUCGAUCAAGAAAAUUGUAUCUUAUAGUCUGGUCAAUAUGGUAAUUUGUACAAACCAUGUAGUUUUAUUGGAACUGUGUGACUGAUAGCUUAGUAUGGAGGCUCUAAAAAAGUGGACAACUGUGAGUUUGACCCUGUUUAAAGUCCUCCUACGCCCGCCAGCUAGCCUAAACGUUAAGUGCCAUAAUGCAUCGUUUUGAAGAAUACCCUUUUAAGCAGAACCGACGAAGCUGUCCCACAGUUGAUUUAUUGAGUGAUUUGUUUUGCUAGUUUAGUUACAGCAAUGCAUUGCUUUUAUUUGCUGUUUAUUUGUCUCAUGCAAAAACCAAAUUUUGUUACCUGGUUUUGUGUAUUUAGGAUCCACAUACUGUAAGUCCCGAAAAUUUGAAAUCAAGCCAUGGAGGCAUUGCGGAUAUAUCUAUAGAACAAUUUGACCUUCUUCCAAACUUGCUCCAAACAAGCCGUUUGGAGUUUUAAGACGUGAGUGGAAAUUUUGCCUUAGUUACGUUAGCGGAUAUCGCCAUAUAUGGUAGAGGUUAACCCGCAGAGCUUUGCGCCGAAAGGGAGACUACAGCAGGUAAAUAAGACAGUCACAAAGCGGCUUGAAGAUAGUCUGUAAAACAUAAUCUAUGCAAAAUUUGGACCAAAGCACCACCAUUACAUUUUAUGUAGACCACAAGGAAGUGUUUUAAUUGUAGAAAAAAAAAUCAUAAUAUCACCCUUUUAAGUGACUUAAGUGAAAAGAGCUCUUCACACACCAAAAGGACCAUUUUAUAUUGACCUUACUUCCAAAAGGCCAGCUCUUCAACAUUUCCAAGUGUGCUCUUCAUUUUGAAAGUUUUCUGUUGCAUGGAGAAGAAAACAAACGGUGGACCACAAUGACCAGCAUUUCCCUUUUUCUAUUUUAAUAAACACAUUUGGCCAAUGAACUAUGACAAUGCACGUCAACUUUUCCUGUGGACUGAAGUAAGGCUCAGUGCUUGGCCUCAAGACUGCUAUGUUUGAGCGUCUGAAAACCAUAAAGAUGUAAUGUGUAGUACAAUCACAUGACAUGCGAUUCAUAUUUGUAUGGAUUUCAACUAUGCUGUAUGUAUUUUUGCAAAUAUAUACAUAUGUGUAUUAAACUGAAAUGUUCUCA